AUGUCUUCUCAGGGGCUGAGCAAUAAGAGAUCUAGUAGAAGUGACUUGCGAUCCCAAUUAGAAGAUAUACAGAGAAAAAUAGAUCGCAACAACUCUAUGAAAAAACAAAAACAAUAUAAUGAAAACUCAAAUGAUAUUAUUGUCUCCAAUUCCCCCCUAGAACGCAAACUAUCUACCUCAUCCAAAAGGAAAAGUAGCGGCGGUGGGCCAUUCUCCACUGUUUUAUCCAAAAGAAGGGAUUCUUCCUCCUCAUUACCAAUGUUUCCAGGUAGUACUACGCAUGAGAAUGUUAUAAGCAACUUGGGUAGUACUCAAAAAGAUAUGGGAUUUGUCAUGGAUCUAAGUGAUAAUCUACUAAUGGAAUGUAGGAAGCUUCAGGCUCAAGUCAAACAAAAAAACACCACUUUGCAAGAAUUAGAAAUUAAAUAUCAGGCUUUAAAAGUUAAGUUUGAUGAAAUAGAUAAGCAACAAACAUCCUUGGUCAAGGAAAAUGUAGACUUAAAAGAUAGCAAUUGGGAUCUGGACAUGAAAUAUCGUGAAUUAAAAAAGAAUUUUGACGAUUUAACUAUAAAGUUUGUCAAUCAACAAACCGAGUUUGACAAUCAAAUCAAGAACACCAAUGAUUUGAAAUUGAAAUUAGAAGAAAGUCUUUUUGAAAAAAAUGGUCUCGAUAAAGACUUUAAAAAACUUAAACAAGAAUAUAUGUCAGAAGUGAAGGAUUUGAAAAAUUACAUUAAUGAUUUAAAUAACGAAAAUGAUGAACUACAUGAAAAACUAGAGGUAUUGAAUGUAAAAUUAACUAAUUUGAAUAGUCAACUGCUACAAUCAACAAAACCUACCCUUUCCAAGGAUUUAUCACAACAGCAAGGUCCACAUUUAGAGGUGGAAACUUUGAAAGUCAGUUUAGAAACUGCCAAUAAAACAAUCCACAGGUUACAACAAGACUUGGACAAGCUCAGAUCUAAAGAUACCACACCUCUUAUGUCAUCAGGAACGGAUAUCAAAACUUCAAGCUCCAGUACUGACCAGAGUGAUAGUGAUACUGAAGAACGAGUCCCAUUAUCCGAAGACAUUUUUGAUUCUGCUGCUAAACAAGAUAGUGAAGAUGAACAAGAGGAUGAUUCCGAUAGCAUAGACGAAAUAGUUCAAAAAUAUGUCAAAUCACACAAUUACAUUUUAGUGCCAGCAACGGAAUAUGAAAAAUUGCAAACCCCAAAAAAAGAGCUAAGCGACACAGAUCAUUGUAAAAUUUUAGAAGAAAAGGGAUAUAAGAUUUUUUCAGCCAAUGAUUUCCAAAGCAUAGAAAAAAGGUUGAAAACGUUAGAAUUUCCCCCCUUGGAACUUUUGCAGAAAGAGGCUUCCAAACAUAAUCAUGUACUAUUAUCCAACGACAAUUACAGCACUUUGAUGGCUGCUUCUGAAAGUACACUUGAUCUGCAACAACUAAAAGAAACUGCCAGCCAGGUAGGUUAUGAACUGGUUGAUCAAGACACAUAUAAAGAUUUGAACAGACCGUUAACUCUUGAUGACUUGAAGUUAAAAGCCACUGUUUUAGGAUAUACUAUUAUUCCAGACGAAGAUCAUGCCGCAUUGAUCAAACCAAAGACUCUGGAAGCUACCAAGAAUUUAGCCCACUCUUUUAAUCAUGUUGCUAUACCUGCAGAAGAAUACACUGACUUGAAAACAUCUAUAGAAUCACCAACUUUGGACCAAAUUGCUUUGCAUGCGAAGAACCAUGACAUGACUUUAAUAAAUUUUGAAGAAUUGAAUAAGUUGAAAUCUAGUUAUGAGUCACCAUCUAAAGACUAUAUUCUAGAAAAGACAAAAAACUUUGGUUUAGUGCCGGUUGAAAGCACUGUAUAUAAUGACCUAUUAAGCCACAAAAAUUCUCCAAGCUUGGACUUUAUCAACAAUCAUCUUUUGAAAUUAAACAAAACAAUUAUUGAUUUUUCAGAAUUGGAUAAUCUAAAAACACAAAUAAAAAACCCAUCUAGAGAAUAUUUAGAGGAUCAUGCUUCCGAUAUAGAGUGUCUGUUGGUGGAUAGUUUGAGUUACAACAAUUUGAAAGAAAAUAUCAAUUCUCCAAGUAUCGAUUAUUUGAAACAAAAGGCAGAACAAGCCUCCUAUACAUUGCUCUCAUUACAUGAGUUUAAAAACUUGACUGAUGAGUUGAGUCAACCAAAAUUGCAAUAUCUAAAAGAUAAAGCAAGCACUCUGGGCUAUGUGGUAAUUAAUUUGGAGGAUUACCAAAAAUUGACUAAGAAAGCUUCCAACCCCACUAAGGACGAACUAAUUGAAAGUGCCUCACGCUUAGGUUAUACCCUGGUCCCAGGUGAAGAACUAAAAGAUCUAAGAUAUGCUCUAGACUCACCAUCAAUAAAUUAUAUUGAGGAAAAGGCACGCGUUUACGGGCUGGUAACAAUAGAGGAAGAUAAAUUGAACGAUUUGAAGAACAAAUCCAACAAUAGAGAGUCAAUUUUGGAUAACGUUAAGUUGCACGGGUUUAUUCCGGUUCCAAUUGCGGACUUUAAUGUCUUGGAAAAUUCUACUGUUUCAAAAGCCUCUAUUUCCGGAUUAAAACCUAGAUUGGAGGAGUUGAAUUAUGUUCCUGUUCCAAUCACCGAAUAUGAAUCUUUAAUUACUCCGUUGACUGAAAGGGCAAACAAGAAUGAUACACUUGAAUUAUGUGAAAAGUAUGGAUUGAAACCAGUUACCUUGGAAGAGUAUGAAACACUCAGACAGAAAUCGACUGAACCGAUCUUGUCCGAACAUGAUGUAAUGAGUUAUGCCAAGGAACACAAUAACACCGUUAUUCCAAUUGCCGUUUAUAACGAAAUGAAGCAAACGCUAGAAUCACCAUCUCUCGACAAAUUGAAGGAUUAUGCAUUGAAAUAUAAUUUGACAUUGCUAGAAACUGGAAAAUAUAAUGAUUUAGCUAGUAACCAUGCUUCACCAAGCAUUGACUAUGUUAAGGAAAAGGCUAACAGUUUGGGUUACGAGGUUGUUCCACACAUGGAUUACAACGAGAUGAAAAAUAACAUAGAUGAACCUUCAAGGGCCUUUAUUGUCUCUGCUGCUUCUAAAUUAGGUUUAAUCACGUUGACUGAUACUGAGUUUAAAGGAUUUACUGAGAAGAUUGAAUCGCCAUCAGAUGAAUAUAUCAUGCAAAAGUUGACUGAAAAUGGCAAAGUUGCCCUAGAUGCUGCAGAAUUUGAUACAUUGAAGCGCAAGAUCGAGUAUCCUACAGUUGAGGAAUUGCAAAAUAGUUGUAAGACUCAAAACUUGGUUCUUUUACCAGAGUUUGAAUAUCAAACAAUGGUGACAAAAUUAGAGACACCAGAUUUGGCUUACAUUCAGGAUGCUGCCUCGAAAAUAGAUUAUAAACUGGUCAAAUCCGAAGUUUAUGAGCAAUUGAUAAAAACUAGCAACUCACCUGAUAUAGAAUUUUUGAUUACUAAGGCAGCUGAUUAUGGUAAGAUAGUUGUUUCGAAAAAUGAAUAUGAACAACAUAAAGCAAUUUCCACAAACCCAACUGUCACAGACGUUAAAAGACUAAGUUCAAUGAUAGGCCUAACUUCUAUAUCCACAUCUGCCUACACUGCUUUGCAAGAUUCAUUGGAUCAUCCCUCAUUAGAUUAUUUGAAAUCAAAGGCAACGGAAAACGGCAGCGUUUUGUUGUCGGAAAUCGAAUUUAAUUCGUUGAAGAAUCCAAGUAUUGAUGAUAUAAAUAGCUUGAUUGUCAGUCAUCGAAAAUCUCUUAUCGAUGUUGAUCAACUGGAGGCGUUUAAGAAUCCUGAUUUGGAGUGGUUAAAGAAAAGCUCACAAAAGCACGGGUAUUCCUUGAUUGAAAAUAAAGAGUUAACUUGUUUACAAAAUCCAACUUUUGAUAAUUUGAAAAAUCAUAUUUCCCGGUUAAACUGUGAAAUUGUUCCAUUGAGUUUACUAAAUAAAGAAUUUACUGAAAAUGGAAAUAUUUUACUAGAUAAAGAUACAUUUGAAGAGCUAAUGGAUUCUUCAAUAGAUACUAUGACUAAAGAAAAAUUCAUCGAAUUCUCCAAAAAGUUUUAUUUGAAAGCUAUCCCAGUUGCGGAAUAUAAAACCUUAAUUACGCCAUUGGAUGAGGAAGGAUUGCAAGAAGAAGCCAGCCAACUGGGCUAUAUAGCCAUUCGUAGGGAGGAGUAUGAUUUUAUAAAAGCUGCCUCUGAAUCUCCUGAUGAAGAUACUAUCAAUAAAUCAGCUGCUAAUCUAGGUAUGUGCCUGGUGAAUAUAAAAGAAUAUGAAACACUGAAAAAUGAAAGUAAUAAUCCAACCAAAGCUGAUUUUGAACGCAAAGCCAAUAAACUGGGCUUGGUUGUUAUGCCAGAAGACAAAUAUAAAUCCCUGCUAAAAGAUUUCAAGCCACAAAAAGUAUCUACAGCAACAACACCAAGCUCUAAAGUUUUAGCCAGCAAAGAAUUUUUUGAGCAGGUUAUUAGGGACGAAAAUCGCAAAGACGUUAUUUUGGAAUCUGGUAGGUCACUAGGUUUUGUUAGAUUAUCAACUGAAGAGUACAAAAAAUUAUUAGAGGGCCAAAAGAAACAUUUGCUGACAAAGGGUGAUAUUUAUUCGGGCGCUAAAGAUUUCAAUUUGACUGUUUUACCAUCGGAUGAAUAUAGGGCCUUGUUAAGGAAAAGAAAUACUAGAGAUUCUUUUACUUUGGCCGACUUGAACACUUUGGCCAGACGUAUGAGAAUGAAGUUGAUUCCAGUCGAAUCCACUGCUGCUAUCUCUUCCGAAUCACCUGACCAAGAUGAUUCCUAUAUUUCGUGUCACUCUAAUUCUUCAUUUGCCUCUUUGGUUCAUACACGCACAAAAGAAAAAUUGCUAACAGCAAGUGACAGUAAUAAUUCGAUUCAUUCUUUAUUGGCUUACGAUUCACCAAAUAACGAGACAGCGGUUUUACUUGAUAUGCAAACUGCGGAAUCUCCUAUUGAUAACACUCCACAAAAUGCCGAUGAUCCUUUAAAGAAAACUGCUCACAAGGUUGAAUCAGUAGCAGAACCAGUAUACGAAAACCAAAAUGUAAAUUACACAUUUGAAAGUUUGGAGAAAUUGGCUUUGGAGCGUGGAUACGUCUUGGUUCCUAAAUUAGAAUACGAAAAUAAAAAUACUUUUGUUGAAACAGCUUUUUCUUCUCCCACUGAAGGUCCUGAACAUGUGGAAGGGAUUAAAGAAUCUAACUUAGAAAAUGGAACCAAAGAGAUGGUUAUUAAUGAAAAGUUCGAUUCUAAAAAUUUGGAAACCAAGGGAGAAAUUGCCUCCGACAACAGCACAUCUAAUUCAGAGCCAUCAGUUGAAGGUAAAGACUUGGAUGAGGUUGAAAAUAAUGAUAGUGAUACAUUCAAUAACGAAACAUCUACUUUAGAAUUGAUAGUUCAAAAUAAAGACUGUGAGGAUGUUGAGGGGAGUGCUGGAGAUGACGAUGAUGAUAGUGAUACAUCUAGUUUUCAAAGUACCUGGGACGAAAACACCAUACUAGAAAGAGCCAGUAAGAUUGGGUUAACUGUCUUGCCUACUUUGGAAUAUGAGAAAUUAAAAGCUCCCUUGACAGUUGAAUUACUAGAGGAAGAAGCAAAUAAAUUAGGCUUUAAGAUGUUGCCAUAUGAAAACUACGAAGAGCUGAUCAAACCUAUUGAUUCAGACGUUAUUAGGGGCAAAGCCACCGCGUUUGGAUUGAAGGUUAUCACUGAUGAUGAAUAUACAAAUUUGAGUUCACCACCAGAAAUUAAAGAUUUGAAAGAGCUCGCAACUAAAAAUGACAUGACGUUAAUCACUAUAGAAGAACACAAUAGCUUAAUAAAUCCUCCGGAUGAAUAUUUGGCUCAAUUAGCUGAGAAACGCCAGAUGAAUUUGGUUCCGCAUGAAGCGUAUAAGGAGUUAGUUUCUAAACCUACAAGUGUAGAGGCUUUACAGCAGUUAGCGACACCAUUACAAGCAGUUGUUGUUCCACAAUAUGAAUUUUCAGAAAUGUCGGUUAAAGCGCAGGAGUACCCUGGAGACGAAGAAUCCUUGGGCAAACUUGCGUCCAAGUUUGGGCUGUGUGUUAUCGAAGUUGACGAAUUAGAAUCUAUCAAGGAUAAACUAAAAGAUUCGGUUCCUAAGGAUAAAAUUCCUGAAUAUUUGAAAUCUACUGGGCUGGAAGUUGUUGAUAGUGAACUGGCUGAUAAGGUUCAAGAUUUUGAAAACAAACAUAAAGAUGGUAAAUUAAAUAAAGAAGAAUUAAUGAAACAAUGUGUUUCUCAAGGUUACGCUUUGAUACCUGAAAAUGAACUUAGAGAUAUGGAGAAACUAUUGGAAGAUAGUAUUUUGACAAAUAAGAAUAUUUCUCAAAAAGCGAAAUUAGUUGGAUACACAGCUAUACCGACUCAAGACUUUGAAGAAUUAAACUAUGCAGCUGAAAAAUCUUUGACUGAACCAGAUGUAUAUAAGCUUGCUGAAUCGAUGGGCCUAUGCGUGGUUACACGAGAAGAGUAUGAAACAUUACAAAAAAUUCACUUAGGUGACCUUAAUGGUACUGCCGAUGUGACUACUUCUGAAGUACCAGCUCCUGUUUUUAGAGAGAUGGAUAGCGACAUUGUAUCACCUGCAAUGGAAUCUGCUGGAGGGAAGAAUACAACAUCAAUUGAUGAAAAUGACUUAUUGGCUUAUGCUGAUGCCCAUGCUUUAAUGUUAGUUUCCAAGGAAAAAUAUAGGAAACUACUAAAGGCUAACGAUGUUCCAAUUUUAAGUAAGGAAGAAGUGGUUGAAAGAGCUAGAGAUUUUGGAUUGAUUGCUAUCGAUCAAGCUGAAUUUGAUGGGAUUAAUCAGCAACUAGCUAAUAAUGAUAUGAAUGAGGAUACAAUUGUUACUAAAGCUGCUGAAUUUGGUUUAGUGCCAAUCAAGAAAGAGUAUUUCCAAGAAAUCAAAGAAGAAUUAGAACAUCCAUCCUUUACUAAGGAACAAAUUAUGCAAGAAGCAUUAAAUUUCAAUCUAGUUAUUCUGGAUAAAUCUGAAUAUAAACAAUUAAAGAGAGCAUCUGUCGUAGGAUCAUCUAAUAUGUCAAAAAGAAGUAAAAAUAACACUCUGGAGAAUGCUAGCUUCAGUCCCCCAGCUUCUUCUAUACCACAGUUGGAUAAUCAACAACAAACAUUGGAUCCAGCUGCAUCUAUAAGUAGAAAGGUUAUUAUAGAAGAUGUCGACGAAGACGCUUCAAGCAUUAACACAGAACAACAAACUACCACACCAGCUCCUGGAUCGAUGAAUACGGGAGAAUUAAAGGCUAAUUGCGAAAAAUUAGGGUUUUUAUGCAUUCCAGAAAGACUCUUUGUAACUACUGCAACAUGUCCCAAGCCGAAAUCGUCUGAUGUAGUUGUUUUGCCCAAAGAUUAUUAUGUUGGACUAUUAGAGUUCAGUGCUAAGAAAAAUGAUGAGGCUGACAAGAAACAUAGUGCUAGCGGCAACAACAACAAUACUCCAAGUGGAUCGAGAAGCUCUGCUAGCAGUUUUAUUAGUAAAGAAAGGGCUAAUGUUAGUGGUAUUCCUUCAUCUGGCCACAAUGUUUUAUCAAAUCGCUCUGGUGUUCCUGUGCCACUACCUAAGUCUUCAGAUACUCAUUCAGAUAAAUUAUCAUUAGUAAGUGUGAGUUCCUUGACAGAACCAAGCAUUAUUCCAGCAUUAACACAAACUGUUAUUGGUGAAUAUUUAUAUAAGUACUAUCAUAGAUUUGGUGUGUUCACUAAUGUUCGUCAUGAGCGUUAUUUCUGGGUUCACCCAUAUACCAUGACAUUAUAUUGGUCUACAUCUAAUCCUGUGUUGGAUAGUCCGCAAACUUCCAAAACAAAGGGAGCUGCUAUUACUGGGGUUAAAAGCGUCGAUGAUCCAAAUCCAUUCCCACCUGGAGUGUACCACAAGAGUAUUAUUAUUAAGACUGAUUCUCGUGAAAUUAAGAUAACCUGUAGUACAAGGCAACGUCAUAAUAUUUGGUACAAUUCAUUGCGUUAUUUACUUCAAAAAAAUAUGGAUGGUAUUAAUUUGGAAGCUGAAUCUUUAUCUCGUACCGAAGCUUUAUUGAGACCCUUGGCUAAUGGGAAAAGCCAAGCUCAAAAGAAAAAGACCAGCACUAGGAAAAAUUCUUCUUUAAACAAAAAGUCCAGCUUUUCAUUAAGAAAAACGAGCUCUUCUUUGUUUCAUUCGAACAAAGAUGGGAAUUAA